AUGCCUGACGCAAGAUGGAGCCUCUGGCUGGCGUUGCCAACACUGCUAUUUCAGUUCAUUGCACUGAUCUGUGUCAUCGGCCUCUCCAGUUCUUUUAUGAACAACGGCUUCGUCGUCUCUAUCGGCCCGCUCUCGAUCGCGGCUCUCGGCGUGAUAUCCGCUCUAACGCACUUGAUAUGCUACGUGACGUCGUCUUUGCACCCGCUCGUGGUGCUGACCAUCUCGUGCGAGUGGAUGGUGCUGUGGAUCGCGACGACGGCGUUUGAGAUCGUCAUCUACACGCAGGAUCCGUCGACGGGAUGCGGCAGCAGCGAGGACUUCGACUAUAAUUACUACUAUGGCUACCACGAUGGCAGCGACGACGAGAAGAACGCGGAGAACAAACAGAUGCUUGACGAUUACCGCAAGAAGGUCUGCCAGAAGAGUGGUGGGAUUUUGGCGCUGAUGGCGCUGAUCACGGUGUCGUACAUCUGGCUUGUAGCGUACUCGGCUAUCGUCAGGAAGCACACGCGAAUGCCCUUUGUGCCGUCCGACCAGAGACCGUUGAUGGGGCAAGUGCGACAGCAGCAACAAGAAGAUCCGGAGAGGGCUAUGGGUACGACAGCAAGCCCCAUUGCGGGAGCGACAGCGCGGAGGGCACCGUUGGUGGGAGUGCCGGAGGAGGAAGAGGCAAGGCGCUCGCCGGUGGAGAGGCCGAGUGGGGAUGCCAUCACUCCCGUCGCUCCUGCUGCAUCUGCGCAUGCGGGGACGGCGGUAUAA